CGCCGAGUCGGGAAAGGCGCUUCCUGGCCUGGGCCCGAGCCGGCCUCCCCUCCGCCGCAGUCCCAGCCGGGCGCUGCCACCCCGGCCGGCCCGGGUCGCCAUGGCCAAGGCCUACGACCACCUCUUCAAGCUGCUGCUCAUCGGGGACUCGGGGGUGGGCAAGACGUGUCUGAUCAUUCGCUUUGCGGAGGACAACUUCAACAGCACGUACAUCUCCACCAUCGGAAUUGAUUUUAAGAUCCGCACCGUGGACAUAGAGGGGAAGAAGAUCAAACUGCAAGUCUGGGACACGGCUGGCCAGGAGCGAUUCAAGACGAUAACCACUGCCUACUACCGCGGAGCCAUGGGCAUCAUCCUGGUCUAUGACAUCACGGAUGAGAAAUCCUUUGAGAAUAUUCAGACCUGGAUGAAAAGCAUCAAGGAAAAUGCGUCGGCCGGGGUGGAACGCCUCCUGCUGGGGAACAAGUGUGACAUGGAGGCCAAGAGAAAGGUGCAGAAGGAGCGGGCGGACAAGCUGGCUCGAGAGCACGGGAUCCGGUUUUUUGAGACAAGCGCCAAGUCCAGCACGAAUGUGGAUGAGGCUUUCAGUUCCCUGGCCCGGGACAUCUUGCUCAAGUCUGGGGCCCGGAGACUGGGAGAUGGCAACAAGGCCUCCGGUGCCGCCCUGCAACCCUGCGACAGGAGGAACGCCAGCAAGUGCUCCCUGGGCUGAGGCCCUGUCCGCCGCCCACCCAGGCCCUGGAGGCCGAGCCGGGGGAGACAGGGCUGAGGGCGGUGGGGAGACUCAGGGGGGCCUCGGGAUAGGUGGACAGGCGGUGAGGAGACGGAGAGGAGACGGAGAAGAAAGGGAGAGGGAGGGAAGAGGAGAGGAAGGCCAGGGCAGGGAGAAGGGGUAAAGGACGUGAGGGGUGGAGGGGGCAAGACAGAGGGAGGCAGGCCUCGGGCUGGGCAGCCUCAGGCCUCGGGCUGUCCCUGGGUUUUCAGGACAAACCUAAAUGUAAGUCCGCGGUUUAUUCUGUUACCGGCUGGGGUUCGAAGGUCGGUCAAGAGCCCAGCGCAGCACCACCUUCUGAAGACUUGUCACUUUGCACGGUCUUGCUCAGUAUUAAAGGCCUCUGUUGGCACCAGUGUCCUCCGUGUAGGUGA